UUUGUUGCGUAAUGUUGGUUGAAGUACUAAUUUUAUACUCGAUGCAGUCUAACAUUGAUCUGUUUAAAGAGUUCGGUGGUAGACUGAUUGGCAUAUGGAAUUAGGUAGUACUACAAGUUCAACCGAGUUGCAUCUGUACUGACUUUAGAUGACAAAGAAUGAGUUGGUCCUGUGCGCGCCGUUGGAUGUAUUCGAAAAUUUAGCAUUUGGGGUAUUAACACGUUCUAGAACAGUAGCUGGAUAGAAAUUUGGGAAGCAGCAUUACGCUGGUUUUCUAUGUACCCUCAGAUUUGGUUUCUUGAACAAUGUGCUCAAAUAUUCCAUUGCAUUUCAACAAUUUAAAAAUGAUAUCUAAAAUGUAAACAUGAGCAUCUGUACCUUCAAAGUGUGAUGGGCGAUCAACGGCCUCAAGUAUUUGGAACACCAAAAUAUGUCAAAUGUACCACAGCUUGUGUGAAUCAUUUUAUCACUACCACACCCCAAAUGGGAUUGAGUUGGGAAUGUUGGGCUGACGACAUGCAAGAUACCAAAUAUGUGACAUACUAAUCAUACAACAAUUUAUAGGGACAUUAAACUUAAUGCAAACAAGAAAGAAUGUUUAUCAGGACUGCCUAUUCCAUGCUGGAAUUAUGGAAGCGAAUUCCGCCCAGAAUAAGAAAUUUGAGAAGCAUCUGUUGGUGACUGAACAUAUUGGGUACCCUUCUUUUGAGAAAUAAUAUCCAUAGGUGUCUGAGCCAAUUGGUUACUGACGUUUGUAAUCUGAGGUGUGGCCAGGGAAGAAUCAACAUGCAACAGUACGGGAACAAUAUUCUCAACAGCAUCUAGAUUAGAUACAGUGGCAGAUGACGCUAUAAGAGCCUUUCGUUUAUGAUAGUUCUACCUUCUACGCCUCUUUAUUUUCAGCGCACAUGCUUGCUUAUUGCUCUCGGGCAUGCUUAUUUGCUUGCUCUUUCUGGUUUGAUGUACAUAAUUGAAUGGCACUCGGAGAAGUAAAAAAAUGGUAGGUCUUUAUAGUAGCAGAAUGGAAGAAAGUUUCAGAUUCACAAUAUGGAAUUGCCAAUAUGAAUGAGAAAUAAAAAAAACACUGAUAGUACCUUGCUCACGGUAAGACGUUGUAGUUGGCAAUACAUCUGUUCUAGUUAAAGAAGGAAAUGGCUUUUCGCAGCAUGCCUAUUAGAACUGUCUUUAGCGAUGUUUGUGAAUAAUAAUAAAUUAAAACAUGCAAUUGUAAAUAUGUGGAUGGAGAAGUGCCAACACAGAUGGUGUCUCAAUGUACCUUGUGUCAAAUCGGAAGGACAGAGGCAUACGUUUCUAAUAUUGCCUCCGGGCCGCACCGGUACUGCUGAUAAAAUUACUGAUGCAACAUAUUAAAAUAUUAAAUCGUUUUAAAGGGAAGAAAAUAUUCAAUGUUCAAUAUCCCAUAUGUCAGUUUAGAAUAGCUUGCUUUGAACUAUCUGCUAAAACAGUGCACAUAUUUUGUAUGGAUCUUUAAAUAUGUCUCUGCGAUAGAAAGUGUCUCUGAUCUCGUUUCUGUUCAGCUACAGGUGCGCCCCUGAUUAGCGGCUAUAUAUGCUUGUGGGUACAUUGCUUUUAGUGUUCACAAGCAUUCAGAUCAGCGUACAUAUAGUACUGACUACUUUCAAGCAUGACAACCAAGGACAGGACAUGAGAACAGAAGGAACCCUCAAAUGCACAACAAAGAGUUUUCAGUUGUGCAUUUCAAAAGAUGAACUACUUCACCUAGACCCAAAGUUCUAUGGCGGUUCUCAACUUUUCUGAAGCUACAAAGGAGUGUAACAUAAAUGCAGAUAGAAGCAGACCAAUCUAAUGCCAUCGUUCAGCCCAGAUGCAUUUUCUAGGGGACAAAAAGCAGGACGCUGGCUGCCAUGGUGGAUUGGACAUGAUCGCCCGCACCUGUCCUGGUCCAUCCCUGCCGUAGUGCCAUGGAUAUGCCAUCCGGUCCGACAGGGCCGAUAGGAGGUAUUGAACCCAGCCUGGGAGCGGUCGUCCUACUCGUCGGCGUCGUGUGCGCGGUCGUUCUGCUUGUCGGCGUCAUGUGCGCCGUCCUCCUGCUCGUUGGCGUCGUGGGUGUUGGUUGUGGGCGAGAUGGAACUCAGAUAGAUGGAACGGGCGGGUGCAUCGCAAAUUGCGAUUGGUUUCCCCUGCGAUUACGGAGUGUGCUGGAUGCCCCUUAUAAAAACUUUUGGAUCUUCCAACCCUAGCCGCCAAGGCACAAUCGCUAGCGGUGCGCGAUCUCUACUCCCGAAGAUCCGCCGCGCGCUGCUCCUCACUUCCGCAGCUAAGCUACGCCACCCUGCCUUUGCUCGCUCCAAGAUUGCGCGAUGACUGCCACGACCAUGGAUAAAAGGACCAGCGGCGAGGAGGGCAGCAGCAGCGGGUCGAGGCUUGCUGUCAAGGAAGCCUACAUAAAGAAGAUGCAACGCCGAAUUGCUAUGACAAAGGCAUAUGAAGCUAAUCUAGAGAGGAUCAGGGACGGUCUUGUCGGCCUCAAGAAUGAAGCAGACAUUACUAAAUUCGAACCGCCCAAAGAAAGAUUUGGCGAUGAUCUUGGCCCUUGUAAAAUUUCAGCUUCAAAAUUUCAUCGCAGUGUCGCCUCAAUUGCUCUGUUCCAUGACGAAGUGAUGGUAUUUGCAUGCUCGGCCACAGCUGUACGUCUCAGGCAUGGUUACAUACAAGAUCGCCAUAAAAUAUUUGUGACCUCGGCGCGAUUCGCCCACGAAUUUAACGCUAACAGAACCAAAGAUGAUAAACUGAGGAUUGAGCUGCGUAUUCCUAACAACGUUAACCCAACUAUGAAUGGGUACUUGGGACUACACGACGAAAAUAUUGCUAUCGUCACGUCUUUUUGCCCCCGCGCCCUCCACACUAUGGAAACCUCUAAUCCUGCGGAUCUGCCCCCAGGCCGAGGCAAUCACAAUAAUAAGCUAUUCGCAUUUGGAUGCGCCGACGAUUGCACUUUGAUGGGCACAAGUUGUUCCUAUCCUGUUUUCCACGAGAAUGGCUUUGUGUCGGUCAAUUGUGACAGCAUCACAGCGACUGCACUGGGAGGGGCUGUUAUAUGCUUUGGUCAUGAUAGAUCGGGACACUUGGCUGGUGUUAUCGUUGGCUGUUCUGAAGGCAAGACCACCUUCAUACCAACGAAGAUGCUUCAUGAAUUGUUGCAGGCUCUUGUGAUAACCAGUAAAACUUCCGUCUUCCGUGGAUAUUCGUUGCCUCAAGGUGUAAAGAGUGUCAUCCCUUCAGGAUUUAUGGUAAGAUCUACGAUUCUUCAAUCCCUGGGCUAUCCCCUGCCACCGCCACUUGUUUUUGAGCUCAAUGGGGGGUUGGUUGGUACGUUUGAAAAUGAUUUUGGUCAAUUUCAUUAUUGGGAAGGGUUUCCUUUCGAUGACCCUUACAGUGGUCCUGGGAAGCCUAUCUGGGAGCAACUUGGAGAACAAGUCAUUGAGAAAAUGUCAAAAAGUGUUGUCUCAAUCGCUUCAUUCAAGGAACACGAGAGGUUUUUUGCAUGCACAGGCCUGCUUAUAACGUGGGGCCCCAGCACAUUCGUACUUACUUCGGCCAGUUUGGUUAGGACUGGUGAUGCUCCAGACGAAAUUGAUGAGAACCUGAGGUUUGAGGUGUUUCUCCCUCCAGGACAAUGUGUGGAUGGCAUGCUGGAAUUGUAUCAUUCAAAUUACAACAUUGCUAUUUUCAGUCUUGGAAAGGAUCUCAGUGAUAUUUCUCCAGUAGAUAUUCUCAGUGCCAAGGUCACAUGCCCACGCAAUAAGGUGGUAGCAGCUAUAGGUCGCCGGACUAAAGAACGUCACGGGUUAUUGAUGGCCUCAAUGGGUAAAGUGACAUGUACAAUUAAUUGUCGCCCAAAAAAGAAAGAACACCAGGGUUUGGAUCUUAAUUGCAAAGACCUUGUUUUGUCCACUUGUAAAAUCAAGAAGGUUGGUAUUGGGGGUCCCCUUAUUGGUUUAGAUGGUAAAUUCAUGGGCAUGAACUUUUAUGAUGAAAGUCGAACAACUCCUUUUAUGCCAAGUACGAAGAUUGCAGAAGUUAUGAAGAAAGGGUUUAAACUUCUGUUUGAAAGAGAUUCCAGCGGUCCUCCUAUCAAAAACAUGGAAACACCGACUAGAAAGAUGGAACGGCCGACUAAAAAUAGGAAGAAGAGAAACCAGUGGCCUGUGCCCAAGCCAUAUUGGUAUCUUGCUGGCCAACAGGAUGUCCUAGACCAGCAUUGGGGAAAUGUUUCCCUAAAAACAAAGCAUGGCGGAAAAGUUUCCUUCAAAAGAAAGCAUGGUGUUGUAAAAGUUCGUGGAAAAGUUCUUACUUAGACGGCAAAGCUCUCAGAUCAUUCAUUGUUGGCCUUGGUAACAAUAUUAGGACUGUGGAACUUUUGUAUGGUUUAUAGCUUCUGGUCUCCAAGCGCUUGGUGCUCCUAGGUU